AUGCAUCAACAGCACGACCCGUUGGCCGCGCCCGCCGCGACGUGGCAGCUGCCCGUUGCCUCGGCCCUUCUCAAGAAUCUCGUCUCGGGCUCGGUCGCGGGCGCGGUCACGGAUUCGCUGCUGCUGCCGUUUGACACGGUCAACCUGCGCUUCAAAGUCCAAUGCACAUCGCCGCCCAAGUACACGGGCAUUGCGCACGCGUGGAAAACGAUCUUGAAGGAAGAAGGUUUGCGCGGAUUUUUUGGCGGUCUCAGCACGACCUUGCUCAUGGCGCCCAUCAACACUGGCAUCUACUACGCAGCGUACGAAGUGGGCAAAGCCACGCUCACGUCUGUCGUGCCUCCAGAGCACGAGUCGGUUGCGUACUUUGCUGCGGGCGCGUUCAGUGAGCUCUGCAGCUCCGUCACCAACGUCCCGACCGAGGUCAUGAAGGCAAGGAUGCAGCUGGGCCAAAACCCCAAAAACGCGACGGGCGGCUGGUCUACCCACACGUCCAACUACCGCGGCACGCUACACGCCGUGCAGUCGAUCGUCCGGCACGAAGGCGUCGCGGGUCUCUACUCGGGCUACGCGUCCUGUCUAACCGUCGACGCGUCGUACGCCGGCUUUUGCUUCGUCUUCUACGAAGCCCUAAAAAAGCACUAUCGGACCAGCAUGGACCGUCCGCCGGGUGCGGUCGAAACCGUGGCGAUCGGUGCCGUCUCGGGCGCUGGUGCUGCGAUGCUCACCAACCCGCUCGACGUUGUCACCCUGCGCCUCAUGACGCAAGGCACACACAAGAUUUAUCGCGGCAUCUUUCACUGCCUCCAGCGGUCGAUUGCCGAAGAGGGCAUCCGCAUACUGUGGAAAGGGUCGGCGACACGCAUGAUGAGCACGGUGCCGAGCACUGGCAUCUCGUUCGGCGUAUACGAGUCCAUCAAAGGCCUCCUCGGCGGCGACGUCGACUUUUCGUUUGGGGACGAUUAAGCACGUAACACACUGUAAUCACUAUUAGUACGCUCCGUCGUGUGCCU